GCUAACGCCAACCCAUCACCCACGACACUUCUCUUUCCCGUCUUUCCUUCACCGCGCAGCACAAACGACGCCGUCUGAGCUGCAUCGCCCCAGUGUCUUCUUUGACCGCCGCAACCCUCGCAGGCGCCACAUAGCUCCAUCGCCUUCCACUUGCUUCUGCAAUCAGUACACCUGCCACCACACCGCGGGGACAGCCUCAGCUCCACAACUACAACUGCCAUCAGCCAAAUUCUCUCACCAUGGUUGGCCUCACGUCUGCAGCCGGCGUCGUUGGAUUCCUCUCAGAGCCCGACCCAGCUCUGCGGUCAUUCGCUCUGCAUCAGUUGAAUGAUCAGAUCGACCUGCUGUGGCCAGAAGUCGCGGGCUCCGUCAGUCAGAUUGAGGCGCUCUACGAAGAUGAGUCGUUCCCCGAGCGAGAACUCGCCGCGCUUGUAGCAGCGAAGGUCUACUACCAGCUGCAAGAGUACAAUGAGAGCAUGGUCUUCGCGCUGGGUGCUGGCAAACUCCUGGACAUCCACAAGGCUGGUGAAUUCGAGGAGACAAUACUAGCGAAAUGCGUCGACACAUACAUCGCCAUGUCCGCUCUCCACAACCCACCCACCCCAGUCAGCAAAGCAAACCAGGCGCCCCCGCAGCUGAGCACAGCGUUUCCCGCAAGCUCUGCAGGUGCUGCCAGCACUUCCGCUAGCUUGGCCUCGCCGAUCACACCCUUCUCGCAAUCCGCGCUGCCCUCGAAGUCGCUGCUUUCCCGCGAGGACUCGAACACGUUCGACCCCACAACUCCAGGUGGUGGCAAUGCUGGUGUAGCUGGAUCGCAUCCCUCGCCCAUGAUCCUGCAGAGGAACGUCCAGAAGAAUCUGCAAGCAACAAUAAGACGGAUAUUCGAGAGCUGCUAUGAGACCGGCAACUACAAGCAGGUUGUUGGUAUUGCGAUCGAGGCGCGGAAUCUGGACGUUAUGCGCGCUUCGAUUCUCCGCGCCAGCCAGGACGAGAAGAAGAAGGCAAACAAGAAGGCUGCGACAGGCGCUCCCAGCAAGAGUGAGGAGUUGAUGGACUAUGUUCUCGACAUCUGUAUGAAUGUCGUACAGGAGCGUGGUCUCAGGAACGAAAUCCUCCGUCUCAUCCUCGACUUGCUCAACGACAACGAGAUCCCUAACCCCGACUACUUCUCGAUCGCCAAGUGCGUCACUUACCUCGACCAGCACUCGCUUGCCUCGAAGCUUGUCCGACAGUUAGUGGAGCAGGGCGAUGACAAGUCGCUGGCGACUGCGUACCAGAUCUCCUUUGACCUGUAUGAGAACGGCACCCAGGAGUUCCUUGCGAAGAUCAUGGCAGACUUGCCCGAGGACGAGGAGGAGUCAGAGUCUGCCAACGGGGACGCAUCCGAAGCGAAGGAGUCCGACUCCCUACUUGCAGACGCAGACACAAGCAAUGUCUCGAAGAAGUCUGGCAGCGAUCAUGGCAAGGCCUACAGCUCCGUGCGCUCGAUCCUUCGUGGGACAAAGAGCAUCGAGCUCAACCUCGAGUUUCUCUACAGGAAUAACCACACCGACAAGUCCGUUCUGAACAAGAUCCGUGACAGUCUCGAGGCGCGAAGCUCGAUCUUCCACAGCAGCGUUACUUUCGCAAACGCGUUCAUGAACGCCGGUACGACAAACGACACAUUCUUCCGCGAGAACCUGGAUUGGUUGGGUAAGGCAGUCAACUGGUCAAAGUUCUCAGCGACUGCUGCUCUCGGUGUCAUCCACCGCGGUAACAUUACACAGGGUCAGAAGUUGCUGGACCCGUAUCUGCCAAAGGACAGCGUCUCAUCCGGCUCUCACUACGAGCAGGGUGGGUCUCUGUACGCCCUUGGUCUCAUCUAUGCCAACCACGGCGGCAAUGUUUUGGACUACCUCGUCAAGCAAUUCAAGGAAGCUCAAGAGGAGGUCAUCCAGCACGGUGGUGCGCUUGGUGUUGGUGUCGCUGGUAUGGCUACCGGAUCUGAGGAGAUCUUCGAUGCGUUCAAGACGGUUCUGUACUCGGAUUCUGCUGUCAACGGUGAGGCUGUCGGCCUCUCGAUGGGUCUUGUCAUGCUUGGAACAGGCAGCAUCAAGGCUCUUGAGGACAUGAUCCAGUACGCACACGACACACAGCACGAGAAGAUUGUUCGCGGUCUGGCCAUGGGCAUGGCGCUCAUCAUGUACGCCCGUCAGGAAGCUGCCGACGAGCUGAUCAACGGCCUGCUCGACGACCCAGACCCGACUUUGCGUUAUGGAGGUAUCAUGACGAUUGCUCUGGCGUACUGCGGCACAGGUAGCAAUAAGGCUGUCCGCAGGUUAUUGCACGUUGCUGUCAGCGAUGUCAGCGAUGACGUACGUCGCGUCGCAGUUAUGAGCUUGGGUUUCGUGCUCUUUCGGAAGCCAGGCAGCGUUCCCCGCAUGGUCGAGCUGCUCUCCGAGUCAUACAACCCACACGUCCGCUACGGAGCUACCAUGGCUCUGGGAAUCGCCUGUGCUGGUACCGGACUUCCUGAAGCAGUUGAUCUGUUGGAGCCCAUGAUGAAGGACUCGACCGACUUCGUGCGCCAGGGUGCUUUAAUCUCGCUUGCCAUGAUCAUGGUACAGCAGAACGAGGCCAUGAACCCCAAGGUUGCAUCGAUCAGGAAGCAGCUUACCAAGAUCAUCGGCGAUCGCCAUGAGGAUGCAAUGGCCAAGAUGGGCUGUGCGCUUGCCCUUGGUAUCAUCGAUGCUGGUGGCCGCAACUGCACCAUCGGCCUGCAGACACCGACGGGCAACCUCAACAUGGCUGCCAUCGUCGGCAUGGCCGUCUUCACACAGUACUGGUACUGGUUCCCUCUCACCCAUUUCCUGUCGCUCAGCUUUACACCGACGGCCAUUAUUGGUGUCGACCAGGACCUCCAGAUCCCAUCUUUCCAGUUCCAUAGCAACACACGGCCAAGCAUGUUCGACUACCCACCCGAGACCGAAGUCAAGACAGAGGAGGCGCCAGAGAAGGUCAAGACAGCUGUCUUGUCGACAACGGCGCAAGACAAGCGCCGAAGGAUGGUCAAGGAGCGUCAGCGCCGUAGGGAAAGCAUGGAUGUCGACACACCUGUCACGCCCAAGCCCGCUGACGAUGACAAGAUGGAGGUUGACGAGGACAAGAAGGAUGAUGAGAAGGCCGAGGGCGCCGCGGCAGAGUCACCCAAGAAGAAGGUUGAAAAAGAGAAGGUUGGCUACGAGCUGGAGAACAUGUCGCGUGUCCUGCCACCCCAGGUGAAGCACAUUACAUUCCCUGGGGACCGCUUCAUUCCAGUCAAGAAGCCAACUCUUGGAGUAAUCCUUCUUACAGACACCAGGCCUUCGGAGCCCAAGGAGCUCCUCGAGCUCAAGGUCAAGAAGGCGGCGCCAGCACCUGCGCCUGGAGCUACAGGGUCGUCCAGCGAACAGGCUCCUGCAGGUGUCGAGGAGACGGAGACAUCUGAGCCGACCACGGACAACCUGAUCGACGAGGGCGACGAGGAGGCAUCACUACCUGGGGACUUCGAGUACGAGUCAGACACAAACCCGAACGACAGCGAGUAGAUGAUGAUGGAGGGUGGAUUGUAGUAUCCUUCUUGAAGGCGGGCGGUUGUCUGCAUUGAUCUCGGGCGUGGGAGGUCAGAGGGCCACUUUCCCAGCCUGCUUAGAUGUAUAAUAGCCCAUGCGGUCUACUAGAAUCACAAGCAUAGUUUUUCACUGCAUUGUUCCUCCUGGGUGGCUAUUUGAUAAUCAUCUCAACUCAACUGG